CUCCCUACAUAGCAACCGGCCUCACACUUUCCCCUUUGGCGCGUUUCCCCCACCUCGCCUCUCCUCCCUCCCUCCCGUGCUCCCACCAAAUCCCCCCAAUUCCAACCCACCGAUGGCGACCAGGUGCGCCGCCGCGGCCGAUCUGCCCGCCGGCCGCCCCCGCAAGCGGGCCCGGCACGGCUGGGACGUCGCGCCAGCGACCAAGGCUCAGAUAACAUUUUGUGGGCAAGAAGUUGGCGAUAUGACCACCAUGGUAUUGCCGUCACAUCCUCCGGACUAUACUUGCUUCUCUCUGCUCUCAAAGGGUGUUGCUCGAAAUGCUUCCCCUCCUCGGAGAGAAGACGAUAAAGAUGGCCAUUAUGUAUUUGCUGUUGGAGAGAAUUUGACCUCUCGCUAUAAAAUAUACAGAAAGAUGGGCGAAGGUACUUUUGGUCAGGUACUGGAAUGUUGGGACAGAGAAAGAAAAGAAAUGGUAGCUAUUAAAAUUGUUCGUGCUGUAAACAAAUACAGUGACGCAGCAAUGAUAGAGAUUGAUGUGCUGCAGAAGCUCGCAAGAAAUGACGCCACAGGAAAACACUGUGUGCAAAUACGGAACUGGUUUGACUAUCGUAACCAUAUUUGUAUUGUAUGCGAGAAGCUUGGCCCAAGCUUGUACGACUUUCUGCGGAAAACAGCCUACCGCCCAUUUCCAAUCGACCUAGUUCGUGAGCUUGGAGAGCAACUUUUGGAAUCUGUCGCAUUUAUGCAUGCCCUGAAGUUAAUUCAUACUGAUCUAAAACCAGAGAACAUUCUCCUUGUUUCUUCAGAAGAUGCUAAGUUAGCUGAAAACAAGGAUGGAUCAUUCUCAAAGAAGGUGCCAAAAUCAAGUGCGAUCAAGUUAAUCGACUUUGGUAGCACAGCAUAUGAUCAUCAAGACUGUAGCUACAUUGUCUCUACUAGGCACUACCGUGCUCCUGAGGUUAUUUUGGGGCACGGGUGGAGCUACCCAUGUGAUAUAUGGAGCAUUGGUUGUAUACUCGUUGAGCUUUGCUCGGGUGAGACAUUAUUCCAGACCCAUGAAAACUUGGAGCACUUGGCGAUGAUGGAGAGGGUUCUAGGUCCUCUCCCACGGCACAUGCUGGAAAGAGCCGACCACCAUGCGCAGAAGUACAUCAGAAGAGGAAGGUUGAACUGGCCAGAAGGUGCAACGACACGAGAGAGCAUGAGAGCUGUUCUCAAGCUGCCUCGCCUCCAGAACCUGGUGAUGCAGCAUGUGGAUCACUCUGCUGGGGACCUGAUCGGGCUGCUGCAGGGCCUCCUGGCAUACGAGCCUUCGGCCAGGCUGACCGCUCAGGAAGCCCUGAGCCACCGCUUCUUCAGGAGGCACCGUGAAAGGCGGUCGCUAUGACCAAGCAACAAUGUCCGCGGCUGACCCAAACAAACACUGACAGAAACCUAUGAGGAUUUGCAGGCUUGCAGCAAGGAAAUAACAAGCUUGAGAGUUGUAUCUGAAUCUCCCUGGAUAUAACAGGACAGGGAGCAGUAGCCAUAGUUAAAAGUUCAGAAGAGGCUUCGUGUGUUGUGGCUUUAUGUACUAUAGUUGAAAGAGAAUUCAAAAGUCUCACUGUCUUGUAUUCAAACUCUGGUAUGUUCCCUCGCAGUGGAAGCUGGGGCAAAUUCGAACAAAUCGUCGAAGCUGUGUAUGUUUACGCCCCUAGAAAUGGUAUGGUAAAAGAUCAAAGUUUGUGCUGAA